AUGCCCAUACAAAAAGUGGAAGAGAAUAUCUGUAAUGCCGUAGGUACUGAGGAAUCCGUUUCUGCCCAUCCCAUCGUUCUAGUCAAGCUCAAAUCUGAAGGGAGAGAAGUCCUCACUUAUGCCAUGCUCAAUGCCUGUAGUACCAGAUUGUUUGUUCUCAGUGAUAUCACAGCCAUGCUAAAGGUGAAUGGUAUGGAGACGCGGCUGAUGGUGAAGACCAUCGACAGUGCGAAGUUGCACAACUCCAAAGUCUUGAAUGGAUUGGUCGUGACUGAUUUAAAUGGUGAUCAUCCUGUGCAGUUACUGAAGACAUUCACUAAAGAGCACCUUUCUAUGCCCAAAAACAUCCUUACACAUGACCUUGCCCAUUGA